AUGCUCCUCGGCGACCCGAGCGACGGGUACCAUGGCUCUCACGUCUCGCUCACCCUGCAAGCCUAUUGGGCCGAAGUGUCGCUGGCAGCCUCGCCGACGCUGCAACUGUACGUGCCCGAAGAGGAGGAGGGAUUCUUGAACCUCGACGACCUGGCAAACAACGUCCAGGAACGGGGCUACCAGGGAGGGCGCUCGAUGCUGCUCGCGGCGUGCAAGGGCUUCCACGCGUACUGCAAGGACAAGAACAUUCAGCUUGUCGACAACCACGGAACCAGCUUCGCUCUUUCCUUCACCUCGAACAUCCCACGGCGCUGCGGCCUGAAUUCGUCCGCCGCGGUCAUCCUCGGCGCGCUCACGUGCCUCAUGCGCUACUACGGAGUCGAGGACGCCGUGCCCCUCAAGGACCGCGCCCCGCUCGCGCGCGCGUGCCUCUCGGACCUCUCCCAGCGCCGCCGCGACGACCCGUCCGAGCCCCCGGCGCCCGCCGGCCCGGUCUCGCAAGCCUACGGCGGCGUGGUGUUCGCGGACCUCGGGCGGCAGGUCGUCAAGGACACGGGCGGGCCCGUGCUCGAAACGCUCGACGUCCGCAACCUGCCGCAGCUGUAUCUCGUGCUGUGCCGCGACGCCGGCGGGGGCGGGCAGUCGGCGUACCACGCGACGCUGCGGCGGCGGUGGGACAGCGGGGAUCUGGAGACGCGGGCGGGGAUGCAGGAGUGCGCGAUGCUGGCCCGCACCGGCCGGGACCUGCUGGUCAACCGCGUGCGCAAGCUGGACGCGGCCAAGUUCGCGGCGCUGAUUUCGCAGAACUUCGCGCUGGUGCGGACGGUGGCGGGCGGGGAGGAGCACUUCGGGCCGCGGAGCAUGCGGGCGAUGGAGAUCGUGCAGGCGUCGGGGAGCGCCGCGAAGUUUGCGUCCGGCGCGGGCGGGGCGCUGGUGGUGCUGUGCCCGAAGGGCAAGGGGCAGGCGAGCGCGCUGCGCGAGAAGCUCACGAGGGAGGGCUUCGGGCUCGAGGAGAUCCACGUGACGCACCCCGUGCACGAGCUGCACUCGGACGGGCGUGUGCGGACGCGGCCGGGCGACCACAAGCUCGACAUCCACGACCUGCGAAACAUGAUGGAUGCGUGGCGGUACCAGGACGAGCGCCUCAUGCACACCAAGGGCGGACGGCUGAGCGGCGGGGGCAGCGCGCAGAACAGCGCGGCCGGGGGCGCGGCCUCGCCGAGCGGGCGGCGCGGUCACCGCCGUGGCAACAGCGCGGGAUCGCUCCGGGGGCUCCUGGACGCCGUCGGUAGGGCUGCGAGCGCGAGCGCGGGGCGGAACGGGGGCUCGGAGGCGGGGAGCGGUCACGGGCUGAACAGGAAGUCCGCGAGCGCAGGCCGCGCGGGGGGCUUGCUUGCGGUCGCGACCAAGGCGGCUGCGGCGAACGCGGCGCCGCGUGGCGGAAGCAAGGCCCCGCCGGCCGCGCCGUCCGCGGGCACGAGGUCGCCGGCGACGAGCGUGCGGCUCGACGCCGCGGCGCUCGGCGCGAAAGGGGGGAGUGCUGCGCUGGUGUCGGCGCAGCUGAGUGGGCGCAUGGUGGCGCCGGAGACGCCGUCCGUGAUCGAGGAGGACGUGGAGGACGCGACGUCGGCGAGCGGGUCGUCGGAAGACUCGUUUCACUCGAGCUCGGGACUGAAGCGGAUCUCGGAGGAGCGCGCGAGCAGCGCCGACGUCGCUGCGGACGAGCACGGGCGUGGAAGAUGA